AUGUCCGCGUUUACUCUAUCCCGUAAAAACAAAGUGGAGAAGAAUUGUUUUGCCCUUUUAUUUCUCGAUGCAAUAGAAGUGAACUAUUACGAACGCAUCAAUCCAAAACGGAUUAAGGAUCAUCUCAUACGAAAAGCUCGACGUCAACAACUGAACGACCAGAUGGGACCGGUCAAAUUGACCGUGUUGGACGAUCAUUUAGAGUUGAACAAAGCAUUAUGGUGGCCGAAUACUGAUAGCCAUUCGGUAUCGCACAAUCAACUUCGUGACGUGUUCCCUCUGGAAUUAGAUGGGAAGAAGUUUCUGGUCGGUGUGGUUAAUACGGAAACCAGACAGCGUCGAGUGUUGAUUUUUAAAGCCAAAAGUAGUGGCGAAUGUGAAAAGAUUGUGGAUUUGUUGGACAAGUAUAGACAACAACAAAAUUUACAGUCAUUCGAGUCUGACACUAUGGCCUCCACCAAUCGGGACUCACAAAUCAGUAUGAAACAGGACAGCCCUAUAUCAUAUCGGAGACCAUCAAGUGCAGUCAGUUUUGCUCGAACACCAUCUGCGGGCGAUUUUCCGGAAUCCGCUCAUCAAUACGAGUUGCGAAAAUCACGGCUGCAACCGAUGGAACGUGGGUCACUCACAAUGGGACGAGAAUCCUCUGGCCGAAACUGCAGUUUUGCACGUGAAUCAUAUUCAAUGGAAGGAGACACAGCACCGGCUGUUAUGAAACCUAAACGGUUAUAUCGAACCCCAAUCCAUUCACAUUACCAACAGGACGUGUAUGAACGUCCUGCCAGUACUCUACCCGGGGAUUCUUCGCACAGUACGAUUGUGGCAAGACCCCCGGCUCAACCAAUUCGUUCAGACCGUACAGCGUUGCAUGUGGGCACAAUUCGUCGGACUCCCGUAUUGCCGGAUUACGUCAAUCCGGAUGUGUUACAGCGCUCCACUAGUGUUCAAAGCUUUCCCGCUAAUCCCAAUGGAGUGAGUGGUUAUGUGCAACAUGAAGGAUAUUACUAUCCACAAGGGACUAGUUACAUAAACGAACAAUAUGAUCCCACACGGAGACAAAGCAAUGCUAUCCACAUUAACAUCCAUGCUAGCCCAGGUCCGACGUCGAAUGACCCGGGUCAUUUUGCCUCCUUCCAGGACAGCGACAGACGUGCAUCAUCCCGAAUGCAAUCUACUUCACCCACACUACCACCGGGAUAUGAAAUGCACAGGUUCGGUGAACAAAUCGAUCAAAGUUACGAUAGAAGUUUUGAUUUGAAAAAUGAUUUUAUUCAUCAGAAUAAUGAGCAUAUGAUGACAGAACAGAAUACACUCUCUUUGCCCAAAGGACUUUAUCGUGUUUCAAGUGAAUCGGGACUGGUUGACCUAGGUCCCAGGUCUCCAAAACCAAUUAUCAUUGUUCGUGAGACAGAGCAGCGGGACGCGGAUUCUUUGACGAAUUCUAUAGCUUCCCAAAGGACAGAAAAUCACACGGUGAGAUUCGUCGACUUAAAUACAGAUUCACGACCACAGUCUAUGUCCGUCAAAUCGAAUCCGGGGACAAUGAAAAGAGUGCACUACACAGGUGAUCACACAUCGUCGACCGAAGAACCAAAUGAGACUGAACUCACAUGUGCCCUACGCAUCUCUGUACCGCAUACCGAGAAGAAACAUUACAUACAAGAAGUCACAAUUCUUCCAGGCCAUAAACAACAACUGCCGCCACCACCACCGCCACAACAACAACAACAACAGCAGGAGAGAGUGAUAACAUACACCGGAAAUCAGCCCGUAACAGAUAAUACCCAACAUUUGUACGGGAAUACUGAUACAUCUAACCAAAACAGUUUGAAUCGGAUUCGCAUUAUGAAUGUGGAAAAUCCCGCGACUAAAUCUGUAACAUGCACCGUACUACGACACGAUACGAAUGAGUGCAAUGAGAUGGGUUCACACACGAUGUAUCUCAGUCCGAAUAAGUCCCCUUGA